AAGCACGACGCGGGGGGAGCUGUGGAGUUACCAUGGGAACCGAACCGCCGCCUCCGGCCGGGUCCGCCCUGUGUGGAGGUGGUCGGAUCCUCCCACAAGGGCUGUGCCUCAGUGUGGUGUGGGUGUUGAGUGGCGGUUCAGUCAAGGGCCGUUCCCGGCUGGACCAAGGCCGUUCUCAGCAUCAUCAUGAUGUUAAGCUGCCUCUCCCUUCUGAAGGCACUUCUUGCUCUUGGGUCCCUGGCAUCCUGGGCAACGGCAGGAGAACAUGUGAAAGAGAGAGAAUGCCCUUCUGAUAAGUACUCAUGCAAAGAGCUGUGCCAGGGUGAUGCAUCAUGUCCAGCUGGGCAGAAGUGCUGCACCACAGGCUGUGGCCAGGUUUUUCGAGGAGACAUUCCUAAGGGGAGGAAAGGAGAUUGUCCCAGGGUAGUUCAGAAACAAUCCUGUUUUGAAAGGUGCAUCACUGAUGAGACAUGUCCGGGUGUAAAGAAAUGCUGCAUGUUUGGCUGCAAUAAGAGUUGUGUAGUCUCAAUCUCUAAACAGAAGCUGACGUUUGGUGGUGAAUGUCCUGCUGAUCCCCUUCCGUGUGAGGAGCUGUGUGAUGGGGACACGUCCUGUCCUCAGGGGCAUAAAUGCUGCAGCACCGGCUGUGGCCACAUCUGCCGUGGAGACAUUAAGGGAGGGUGGGAUGGUGAUUGUCCGAAAGUUCUGGUUGGCUUGUGCAUUGUCAGCUGCAUGGUGGAUGAGAACUGUCAAGCUGGGGAAAAGUGUUGCAAGGCAGGCUGUGGCCGCUUCUGUGUCUCGCCAGUCCCGCCACCCAAACUGACCAUGAACCCCAACUGGACCAUCAGGUCUGAUUCUGAAUUAGAGUUCCCAGUGCCCUAGCUGUACUGAUUUGUCCGGAGCUUCUUUGGUAACUCCAGGGGGCCUGUCCUGGCGACCAAGAGAGGGUGACAUCCUGGGGCUUGUGACACUCUCAGGAGCACUCACGACCCUUUCUGCUCUGCUUUUUCUCCUGCUGGUGCCUGCGACAUAGAAAACAGCCUUGGGAUUGGGCAGCGGGUGUGUGGUGCUUCUCUUCCCCAAUAAAAGCUGGUGCUGA